CUGUAGACUCUUGAGAGUUCAGAGCUUGGGUGAAGAAGACGAGAGUGAGUUGAGUUUUGCUUCUUCAUUCUUGAAAGCUUCGAAUCUCUACCAUUUUUUGUUCUCCUUCUUGGAGGAGGAAGCUGCCUCAGAAAUGGAUUCCGUGUCCGUUAGAGCCUAUCGAAGUCAUAUUACUCUUGCCACAGGUGGAAUUGGAAGCGGCUGGACGAAUCGUGACGUCAACAAUGUUUCGCUUCCAAGUCCCAGGCCUGGUGCACUGAAGAAUUUUAAAUGGCACUGUUGCGCGAAAUUUGAAUCUGAAUCACAUCAACUAGGGCAAAGACAUACCUUCUAUCAGAAGAAAGACAACAUAAUUCAAGUUAGAAAAGCAGCCUCUAAUCAGCCUUUCGAAUCUGAUUCUGAAGUUUUAAGUUCCAAAAACUUUGAUGGCUCUGUAAAGAGUUUCUUGGAUGCUUUCUACAGGUUCUCACGGCCACACACAGUUAUUGGUACAGCGUUGAGCAUUGUAUCUGUUUCUCUAUUAGCAGUUGAGAAGUUAUCAGACUUGUCACCAUUAUUUUUAACUGGAGUGUUGGAGGCUAUAGUUGCUGCCCUCUUUAUGAAUAUUUACAUUGUAGGUCUCAAUCAAUUAUUUGACAUCGAAAUAGACAAGAUUAACAAGCCAUAUCUUCCUUUGGCGUCAGGAGAAUAUUCUUUUGGCACAGGCGUUGCGAUUGUCUCCACAUUUUCCAUUCUGAGUUUUUGGCUGGGAUGGGUUGUUCGUUCAUGGCCAUUGUUUUGGGCUCUUUUCGUCAGCUUUAUUCUUGGAACUGCUUAUUCCAUUGAUCUGCCACUAUUGAGAUGGAAGAGAUUUGCUGUGGUAGCUGCUAUGUGCAUUCUAGCUGUUCGAGCAGUGAUUGUGCAACUUGCUUUUUUUCUGCACAUGCAGACUCACGUAUUCCAAAGACCUCCCGUAUUUUCACGAUCCUUGAUAUUUGCAACUGCAUUUAUGAGUUUCUUCUCAGUGGUUAUAGCAUUAUUUAAGGAUAUUCCGGAUAUUGAAGGAGAUAAGAUAUUUGGCAUCCGUUCUUUUACAGUACGUCUAGGACAAGAGCGGGUGUUCUGGGGUUGUAUUUCAUUGCUUGAAGUAGCAUAUGGUGUUGCCGUUUUGGUGGGAGUUGCAUCUUCCUCCCCGUGGAGCAAGUUGCUAACGGUUUCGGGACACGUCAUUUUGGCUUCAAUUCUGUGGAUUCAUGCCAAAUCAGUUGAUCUGAAGAGCAAAGCUGCCAUAACAUCCUUCUACAUGUUUAUAUGGAAGCUGUUUUAUGCGGAGUAUUUGCUGAUACCAUUUGUGAGGUGAGUGGAUGAAGAAAAAUGUGAUUAGUUAGAGAGUCGGAGUGUAUGAUGGAAGUAGCCUUGUACAAAAUUAUAGAUGGAUAUGAUAGAUAGUGACGUAUUAAUAUGGUCGAGAAAUUCAACCAUAUGCAACAUGUUUCAUGACUAGUAACACAUAUUUUUCAUGGCUAAAAUUUGAGCUCUACUUUUCGUUUUUGGGUAGAGUUAGAUGUAUAAUAUUUUCUACACACAAUUCACA